AUGCCCCGUUCAAAUGAACCGAUUGCCAUCGUGGGCAGUGCUUGUCGCUUUGCAGGCAAUGCAACCUCGCCAUCCAGACUCUGGGAACUGCUGCGACAGCCGCGAGACGUCCUGAAAAAGAUUGAUCGAUUUGGAGCCGAUGGCCAUUAUCACGUCGAUGGCCAUCAUCAUGGAGCGAGCAAUGUGCGACACGCCUACUUGCUGGACGAGGAUCCCCGGGGCUUCGAUGCUCCUUUCUUUAACAUCGCUGCCUCCGAAGCGGAUGCAAUCGACCCCCAGCAGCGGCUGUUGCUGGAAACUGUCUACGAGUCCAUUGAAUCGGCGGGCUUGAGACUGGAGGACCUCCAGGGCUCCGCCACGGCCGUGUAUGUGGGCACCAUGACCGACGACUAUGCGGAGCUCUCGCACUAUGACCCGGAGAACAUCCCAACCUACGCCGCCACCGGAAGCGCUCGCAGUAUUCUCGCCAACCGCAUCUCAUACUACUUCGACUGGCGUGGGCCAUCAAUGUCCAUCGACACUGCCUGCUCAUCCAGUCUGGUGGCUGUCCACCACGCAGUGCAGUCACUUCGUGCAGGCGAAUCUGCGAUGGCCGUGGCAGCAGGGUCAAAUCUGAUCUUCGGCCCCAAGAUGUUCAUAGCGGAGAGUAACCUGAACAUGCUCUCCCCGAACGGGCGGUCGCGGAUGUGGGAUGCAGAUGCAGAUGGUUAUGCCCGUGGUGAGGGUCUCGCAGCCGUUGUGCUGAAACCGUUAGCCGAGGCUGUCGCCGCUGGGGACCACAUUGAGUGUAUUAUCCGAGAAACCGGUCUGAACCAGGAUGGCCGGACGCCGGGUAUCACCAUGCCCAGCUCAACUGCCCAGACCGAUCUCAUCCGCGAGACGUAUGCUCGCGCUGGUCUGGACCUCCACACAUAUUCCGACCGGCCGCAAUAUUUUGAGGCACAUGGGACUGGUACGAAGGCGGGUGACCCGCGUGAAGCCGGGGCGAUCUUCGAGGCGUUUUGCCGGGAUAUCGACGAGGCCGUUGACAGAGGGCACCCGCUCUAUGUAGGUUCGAUUAAGACCAUUGUUGGCCACACGGAAGGGACCGCGGGUGUAGCAGGUCUCCUGAAGGCCUCCCUCGCCUUGCAAAACAAGACGAUCCCUCCCAAUAUGCUAUUUGCCAAUUUGAAUCCUGAUAUCAAGCCAUUCUACGGGAGAAUCCAGAUUCCGACCGAGGCAAAGCCAUGGCCCAUUCUCCCGGCUGGCGUGCCACGGCGAGCGAGUGUCAACAGCUUUGGCUUCGGAGGUGCGAAUGCCCACGCUAUCCUCGAGAGCUACGAGCCCGAAGAAUACCAGCCUGGGAGGACUCGCCGCGAGGCCGUCAUCCCACUGACAUUUUCGGCCAUGUCCCAACGUUCGUUGAAUGCUAUGUUGCGGACAUAUUCCUCUUUCCUCGCCGCGAACCCCAGUAUUGACAUGCGUACCCUGUCCACUUCGCUGUUUCGGAGAUCCGCUUUACCCAUCCGCAUCACAUUCCCUCCGGCACAGAACGCAAAGAGCCUACACGAAGCGAUUGAUGCUUGUUUAGAGGAGAAAACAACUGGGACCAGAGCGGCUGCGGCCAAGACACGCGCCGUCCUGGGCGUAUUUACUGGCCAAGGUGCACAGUGGCCGGCAAUGGGUCGUGAGUUAAUCGUCGUGUCUCCACUGGCGAGGCAGAUCCUAAAUCGCCUGGAAAACUCAUUGGGCGGUCUUCCAGCUGCCGACCGUCCACAAUGGUCACUUGUUGAGGAGCUGAUGGCAACAGCCGACACGUCGCGGGUUUCCGAGGGAACGAUCUCUCAGCCGUUGUGCACUGCUGUCCAGGUCAUGCUCAUCGACCUGUUACAGAGCACAGGAGUGCAAUUUGAGGCAGUAGUGGGUCAUUCGAGUGGCGAAAUUGCUGCGGCUUAUGCUGCCGGCUUUAUAAGUGCCCGAGACGCAGUCCGUAUAGCGUACUACCGCGGACGAUACACCACACUUGCGGGUGGUCCACAGGGACAGCAAGGUCGCAUGCUGGCAGCAGGAACCUCCAUGGAGGACGCUGAGGAGCUCUGCCAACUGCCAACAUUCAAAGGCCGCUUGUCCGUUGCCGCCUGCAACUCAUCCGCCAGUGUGACCUUGUCCGGUGAUGCAGAUGCCGUGGAGGAGGCCCGUUUUAUCUUGGAAGAUGAGCAGAAAUUUGCUCGUGUUCUGAAGGUGGAUACUGCCUAUCACUCCCACCAUAUGAUCCCAUGUGUAGAUGCCUAUUUAGCAUCAUUGCAGGCGUGCCACAUUGAAAUCCAGCAACCGGCACCGUCGGCUCCGAAGUGGUACUCCUCUGUCCGAGAUGGCUUGUUGGUUGAUUCCCAAAUAGCCCAAGACUUAGCAUCCAGCUACUGGAAUGAUAAUAUGCUGCAGCCGGUCCUGUUCUCCCAGGCGCUGCAGGCAGCCCUGGGGACUACAGGACCUUCACUGGCCAUCGUACUUGAGAUUGGCCCACAUCCAGCCCUCAAGGGUCCGGCUGGCCUCACCAUUCAGGAAGCCCACGGGACUGACAUCCCCUAUUCUGGUGUCCUAAGUCGCGGGUACAACGACCUCCAAGCUUUUGCGAGCGCCCUGGGGUUUAUUUGGACGCACUUGGGCCCCAAUGUGACUGACCUGUCCGUAUUCGACAAGGCGUGCCACGAACAACGUCUUCCCUCCCCUCUAAAAGGCCUCCCCUCCUACGCAUGGGACCAUGAGCGACAGUUCUGGAGCGAGUCGCGUGCAUCUAGGAUCAACCGCACGCGGACAACGCCUACCCAUGAACUGCUCGGCGUGAAGUUGACCGACGACCGGGAAGGAGAGCACACCUGGAGAAACUAUCUCAAACUGGCAGAGUUACCGUGGCUGCGCGGGCACCAGAUCCAAGAACAGGUCCUUUUCCCGGCAGCUGGCUAUGUCGUAAGUGGGUUGGAGGCCCUCCGCACGUUGGUUCCUGCCGAUGAGGAUGCCCGCCUCUUUGAGGCACACGAGGCGGUGAUCCACCACGCUCUGUCUAUCCCUGAUGAUGCCUCCGGCGUGGAGAUAAUGAUCAAGCUUGCGAGAGUCCACACCACGCAGCUGGAUGAUUCGAAGACUAUCACUGCUGAAUUCUCCUUCUCCGCAUGUCUGAACAAAGAGACUGGGACCUUCACCGUUAUGGCCACGGGCAUCGUCCAAGCUGCUCUUGGAGAACCUUCCUUAGCUACACUUCCUCAGCGGCCCCCGCCUGUUGCGAACAUGACCGAUUUGGACGUUGACUAUUUCUACUCUUCUCUGUGGGACCUUGGGUACAAUUAUCGCGAUAUGUUCAAGGGCAUCACCAGCUUGCAUCGGACUACAGAUGCAGCAUGUGGCACGCUUCAAAUCUCAGGUGAAACGAACCCACCGUCUACCUGCUUGUUUCAUCCUUCAACCCUGGAUGUGUCGUUCCAAACCCUGUUUGCGGCGAUUGGUGUACCCGGCAGGCUGUGGUCACUACAUGUGCCACUGAAACUGGGGCGACUGCGAAUCAACCCGUUCGCGUGCCCGGAUCACGCAGCUCUGGGCGUAAACCUGUCCUUCGACGCGAACCUGCGGGAAUUCUCCAUUUCGAAUGGCAUGUAUGGGGAUGUGGAUAUUUAUGACCAGAGCGGCUAUCCCGUUCUUCAGCUCGAAGGAAUGCAUAUAACCCCAGUUUCGCCAGCCUCUAGUCAGGAUGAUCAAGAAAUCUUCGCAAGGACAGUCUGGGGUGGCUUAGAACCUGAUGCGGACGAAGGCUUCAUUACCCCAAUCCCUCAUGACGAAGUUUCCGCACAUUCAGCUCUUCUGGAUCUCGUCGCGCUAAGAUAUCUUAAGAUGCUGACAAAGUCGGUGGAUAUUCAGGCUUUGAGUGACCGUUGGAAUGAGCAUCAAAAGAACAUGUGGGUCUGGAUGAAGGAAGUAGAGGAACGUAUCGCACUGGGACAGCAUCCAACGUGCCGUCCGGAGUGCCUGGAGCCUUCGGAAGAGAGAAUAGAAGUGGAACGUAGUCGGGUACCACAUUCGCAGGCUAUUGAGACAGUACAAUCAAUGGGCGAGCGCUUGGUGCAAUACAUGCAAUGUGGUGAUGCUAAGAGAGACGAGCCUGAACCAACGAGUAUUCAUGCACUGCAUGCGUUUGAUGCCGCUAUGCCGGGUCGAUCCGCGUACAUCAACCAGUUGGCCCAUGUGGUAGGUCAGAUGGCGCAUCGCUAUCCGCAUAUGAACGUACUGGAGGUGGCUACCGGCCUCGAGGGCGUGGCCGAGCCUAUAAUAGAAAAUUUGAGCCAGUUAUACCUGUCGUAUACGGUGGCUGGGAAUGUUGCUGACCCGUUCCCUGACACGGUGGGCCAGCCAAAGCCCAGGGCACUCUUCCGAAAACCGUUCAAUGUGCAACGGGACCCCUUGGAGCAAGACUUUGUGGAACAGAGCUACGAUUUGGUCUUGGUACCGAACACUCUUUGCGCUACGAAAUCUGUGUCGAAGUCUUUGCACCAUAUUCGGCGGUUGGUACGGCCGGGAGGCUACAUUAUCCUGCUAGAACCCAUAGGUCAGCCCGAGUUCGCACGUCAGCUGGUGUCUGCCGCUUCUAGGACCAUCUGGGCCGCUGAUGAUGGGAUGGAUGGAGAGCUAGAUUUCCCGUCCCUGGUCCGCUGGGACUCCCUUCUUCGCGAGACUGGAUUUUCUGGUGUAGACACCUCGACGUCAAUACCGUUAACUCUUCGUACGGGCUUCUCCUUAGUGGUCAGUCAGGCGGUCGACUCUCAAAUCAGCCUGCUACGGGAACCUUUGACGGAGACUGACUUAUCCCCCUUCAUCGAUGACUUAUUCAUUCUUGGUGGGAAGACGCUGAAAACACUGCGACUUGUGAAAGAGUUGCGUGAAAUUUUGGCACCCUUCUGCCGGAACGUGCAUGUGGCCACCGGCUUGGAGACCCUGGAACGUUCUAUUAUUCCACCAAGAGCUUGCGUUCUUAGCGUAUUAGAGUUGGAUGAGCCAGUCUUUCAUAAUCUGACACCAAUUAAGCUCGAGACAUGUCAGGCCCUGUUGGAUAUGACUCGGACCAUUCUUUGGGUGACCAGUGGCACGGAGGGCGAGCAGCCAUUUGCAAAUAUGAUGUUAGCAGUGUCUCGCUGUCUUGCUCAUGAAAUGCCUGACCUGCAGUGGCAAUCCCUUGACAUUGGUAAAGAGAAACCCUCUGCGCGAGUCCUUGCCGAGGCGAUGAUGAGGGUCUAUAUCCUGGGUGCCUGGAAAGUCAGAGAAGCCGACAACAUGCAGCGUCUCUGGACAUUUGAGCGAGAAAUGGCUAUUGUUGGAGGGAAGAUCAUGGUCCCCCGCUAUACCUCUCAUGAUGAUGCAAAUUAUCGCUUCAACUCCUUCAAGCGCGUGGUGCGAAAGGAGGUCGCCCCCACGAAGUCCACUGUGGCCCUGGUCCUGGACAAGGAGAAGUCCUAUGAUUUGCACCUCUGUAGACAACAGCCGCUGCCACAGGGAAGAUACAUCCAAGUGGAAGUUGUCCGAUCGGUGCUGCUCGCUAUGAAGGUUGGCACAGCCGGGGAUGUUUACUUGAUUGAUGGUAUGGAUGUGAAGACGCAGACUCGAGUUUUGGCCUUCUCACCGUACCAGCGAUCGAGUAUCCUCGUGCCGCAAGCAUGGACGAUUCCCUGUCCACUGCCACCAGACACGGAUAUUAUGCGCCUGCUCCUGGCUAUGUCAAAUAACUUACUUUCGAGCUGGAUAGUCGCAGACGUUCCACCUAGCAACCAUAUUCUUGUCCACGGAGCCACUCCAGAGCUGAAAUCAGCGCUACUGCAACUUGGAAAAGAACGAGGUGUGCAAAUCAUGAUGACCACGUCAGUUCAUCGUGCGGAUCUGGGCUUUGUUUAUUUACAUCCAUUGGCUCCGGAUCGCGACAUCAAGUCCUCUCUGCCUGAUAACGUGUCCGUGUUCGUCGAUUUGUCCGACGAUCAGCAGCCAUCCGCUUUGGGUCCUCGUCUGGAUUCUUGCCUUGAUUCUUCAUGCGUUCGCAAGCAUGUUGCCCAAUUUGUCAGACCCGAAAGCUUUGUCAGUGUGGAGACUUGCAUAGGAGAAGUGGCAGAGUAUCUCAAAAAUUCGUACACAAGAGCGUUGGUCGAAAUAUCGCAGCCUGACCUCUAUAACUCGAGUGAGGAGCUAGCUCUAAGGACGGCCAUUGGCCAACCUAUGCAACUUCAUCAUGAUGCUAGAAUCUUGAACUGGCAAGCCUCUGUAACUGUUCCAGUGCGUCUUCGGUGCGCAGCGGAGGAUGUUCAUUUCCGGAAUGACAGAACAUACUUCCUAGUUGGCAUGACAGGCGAACUCGGGCUGUCUCUGACGCGAUGGAUGGUCAGUCGAGGCGCUCGGUGGUUUGCAUUGUCAAGUCGAAACCCCCGCGUCAGUCCCGAAUGGAUUGAGCAGAUGGAGGCUAAAGGAGCCGUCAUAAAGACCUUUGCAAUGGACGUCACAAACCGAGAAUCUGUUUUGUCGACAUAUCAGGAGAUUUGUCGGUCUAUGCCUCGCAUUGCUGGUGUGACUAAUGCAGCAAUGGUGAUCGCAGAUGGCAUUUUCACGAACGUCUCGUACAUGACAAUGACCCAGUCUAUUGCGCCAAAGGUACAGGGCAGCUUAUACCUGGACGAACUAUUCCGUGACAGUGAGCUUGACUUCUUCAUCCUCUUUUCUUCCAUCACGUCAAUUACCGGUAACGUCGGUCAAAGUAGCUAUGCCGCUGCAAACGCCUUCAUGACAGCCCUAGCGAAGGCACGUAGGAGCCGCGGACUUGUGGGCAGUGUGAUGAAUCUCGCUGGUAUCUUUGGCCUCGGCUACGUCACGAGAGCAGAGAAAGGUGUCCUUGAUCGCUUGAUCGCCUUGGGAUUCUCCAACAUCUGCGAAUGGGACUUUCACCAGAAUUUUGCGGAGGCGGUCAUCGCUGGCCAUCCGCAAUCUGGGCGUGAUCCUGAAGUGUCCGCAGGACUGGCCAAAUACGAUAUUGACAAGGAACAGGAUCUACCACUUUGGCUGCAGCAGCCCAAGUUUGCAAGGUAUAGGCUUAUCAGGGCUGAUGGGGGGUCCCAGAAUAAUAGUUCUAGCGAAGCCCAGGUGUCCGUCAUAGCACAGCUGAAGGAGCAGACAACAAAGGAUGGUGUCCGGGCGGUGCUUAUAGAUGGAUUAUUGUCGAUGCUGCGUGGCACGUUGCACAUGGCUGAGGAAGACGCAAUCUCACCGGAUUCAACUAUCGUGGAGCUGGGUGUUGACUCACUGGUGGCGGUGCAAAUGAAAUCGUGGUUCUCUAAUGAACUGGAUUUAGAUAUGCCGGUUCUCAAACUUCUAGGUGGCGCCACAAUCUCUGAUCUUGUCGACGACGCUGUCGACCGCCUGUCUCCUUCUCUUAUCCCUAGCGUUGACUCCGACGCUGUAAACAAUCGGGCUGAAGCAUCCUUGGAUACACAGAUAGUCGUAUCUUCCAGUGAGGACUCUACAUCCACGGAGGAUGACACUGGGUCUUCUGGAGAUUCUUCGCAGACCUCGGCUGACGAUGAAGACGUUGAGGGGUUGAAGGAUGGCCAUGUCGGUGACUCUAAAUUCACAUAUCAACGCACUGCGCAAAUGGGUUACGCUUCAACACGCUUCUGGUUCCUACAGCAGUAUCUCAACGAUCGGAGCACGUUCAACGUUGUCUUCAAGUUUACUCUGACAGGUCGCAUUCGUGAGGCAGAUGCUGAGCGUGCGAUCAAAACCGUCGGAGAAAGACACGAAGCGUUCAGGACGGCCUUUUUUGCCCAAGGCGAGAUGGGCGAACCUACUCAGGGAGUUCGUGCGGAUUCCUCACUGCAUCUGGAAAGGAAGAAGAUCACCGAUGCAUCGGAGGUAGCCCGGGAAUACGAUGCCCUCACACGGUACAGCUUUGAUCUCGAGAAUGGAGAAACUGCCCGGGUCCUUCUACUAUCCCUGAACCCCUGGAAGCAUUUCCUGAUCUUCUGCUAUCACCAUAUAGUCAUGGACGGCUUUAGCUUUAACAUCCUUCUUGAUGAGCUAAAUAAGCUGUACGCAGGAAAGCUUCUUCCUCCAGUCAAGCUACAGUUCACGGAUUUCGUGGAGCGACAGAGAGCUCAGGUCAAGGGUGGGGUGUUCGACAAGGACCUUCAAUUCUGGCGAGACAAGCUCUCGAAGUUUCCUGAAGUACUUCCGCUCUUCCCUGUAGCCAAGGUGACCUCGCGGCCGCCUCUCAUGGCUUACAGCUUCGAAGAAGCAGUAGAGACACUAGACUCUGCGACUGCCAGUCUGAUCCGAGACCGAUCCCGCCGACAUAAAUCUACACCGUUCCACUUCUUCCUCGCCGUGCUGAAAAUCUUCGUGUUCCGGUUCCUUGACGUGGAAAAUUUAUGUAUUGGGGUCGCAGAUGCCGGCCGAGGGCAGCUGGAUACUGAAGGGACCAUUGGCCUCCUCUUAAACGUCCUUCCACUCCGUUUUGAGCAAGGCCAUGCUGACCAGAGCUUCGGUGAUGCUAUUGCAGAGGCUCGCAGCACGGCGUAUGCAGCAAUCCAACACUCAAGUCUUCCCUUCGAUGUACUGCUUGAGGAGUUACAAAUCCCUCGUUCCUCUACACACAGUCCUGUCUUCCAGAUCUUCAUGGAUUACCGGCAGAUUGCAGUUCAGAGCCCCAAAAUGCUCGGAACCAAAGCAGAUGCAACAGCUUCUCCUGGUCGUACUGCAUAUGACUUGAUUCUAGAUGUUAGAGAUAUUGCUGCGGGCGAGAUGACUGUUAGUUUUAGAGGGCAACAGUCGCUCUACUCCCAGACAGCCACAAGGUUGCUCUUUGAGAGCUACAUGCGGUUGGUCAGGUUCUUUGCUUCGAAUCCAUCGGCGAUAAUCAGCACGGCGCCGCUAUUUGACCAGGCCGAUAUUGCUGCCGCCAUCGAGCUUGGGCAAGGUCCAACCUUAACAUCGUCAUGGCCAUCCACUAUCUCAGAACGGAUUGAGAUUGUCUGUCACCAGAGCCCGAGCGCUCUUGCUGUUAAAGAUGGUCUGCAGCCACCGCUAACAUACGGGGAACUGGCAGCGAGAGUCAAUGCCAUUAGCGCUAGCUUGAUAUCUACUGGGGCAACGCAGGGUAGCAGAGUAGCAGUCUUCCAGGAACCUUCCUCUGACUGGGUACCGACCAUGUUAGCCAUCUGGAAGAUUGGAAGCACCUACAUCCCCCUCGAGUUGACAAACUCGCUUCCCCGCCUAGCCGCAAUUGUGAAAGACAGCUCGCCAGCGGUUGUCGUCUACCAUAACAAGACGGCCACUGAUGUCGUUUCCCUUACGGCUGAAACAUCAACGCGAACAUUGAACCUUGCUGACAUCGUCCAACUGCCAGACAAUGUGCAAACCCCGAGUCUCGCAAAUCCAGACAGCCCGGCCGUGGUACUCUACACGAGCGGGUCGACAGGCACUCCCAAGGGUAUUAUCCUGAAGCAUUCCAGCAUCCGGAACGAGAUUGAAGGGUACAGUCAACAGUGGGGUAUUGGGCAAGAAACCGUACUCCAGCAGAGCGCGUAUUCAUUCGACUUUUCGCUUGAUCAAAUGCUUUCGGGUUUGGCAAACGGCGGUACUAUUUUCGUGGUGUCCAAGAAUGACCGGCGGGACCCGGCCAGGAUUGCAGAACUGAUCUUCAAAGAGAAAAUUACAUAUACAAAGGCGACACCUUCCGAAUACGAUAGCUGGAUCGAGCAUGGAUCCACCUCUCUAGCUCAGGCGACAUCGUGGAGAUUUGCAUUCGGGGGUGGUGAGCCACUAACAAACAGAACCAAGGGUCAAUUCCGGUCUCUUGGUCUGCUCAGCCUCCGACUUCACAACAGCUACGGGCCUGGUGAAAUCACGAUCUCUUGCACAAAAGGUGCUGUUCCCUAUCUCAACGAAGAAGAUUAUACAGAGCGACCGGUUCCUCUUGGAAAGCCACUGCCCAAUUAUGCACUCUACAUUGUCGACCAUAAUAUGGAAAUCCUGCCACAAGGAGUCAGCGGCGAAAUUGUCAUUGCAGGAUUGGGCCCAGCCGCUGGAUACCUGAACACUGAAGAUGCCACCCGGAGCAAAUUCCUUCCCGAUGUCUAUUCUCCUGCACGUCGCAUGUCUGAAGGAUGGACUACUGUGUACAAGAGUGGCGACGUGGGUCGCCUGCUGCCAGACGGAUCCUUCACGUUUGAGAAACGUGUCGACGGUGACACCCAGGUCAAGAUCCGAGGCCUCCGCAUUGAGUUGGAAGACAUCGAAAGCACAAUCAUCAAGAUGGCUAGUGGCCAGGUGUCUCGUGCGGUUUGCUCCGUCCGUGGUGACCCUCAAUUCAUAGUGGCUCACGUUCAGCUCAUUGAGGCAUUCCCACAAGGUGAGGAAUUACAGUACUUGAGGGUUCUGAAGAAUCGUUUACCUCUCCCUCAGCACAUGCGACCAGCUGUGAUAGUUCCCGUGCCCCAGAUCCCCCUCAACAAUCAUUCCAAGCUAGAUAGGCUAGCCGCAAAGAAGCUUCCGCUACUCCAAGAGAGUGAUAGGGAACCAUCUGACGAUGACCUCACUGGUGCUGAGUUAGCACUCAAGGAGGUAUGGGUCUCUGUCCUCCCACCUGACAUUGCCUGCCUCGGUGACGUCCAUAGCGAGUCCACCUUCUUCGACUUGGGAGGCAACUCGCUUUUACUGGUCAGGUUGCAAGCAGCCAUUCGGCAGGCAUUUGAUGUAGUUAUGCCGUUGGUCACGCUCCUCGAGUCAAGCACGCUUCGAGACAUGGCGGCCGCGAUUAACGAGCAGUCCUCCGUGAGAACCAUUGAUUGGGGUGAAGAGACUGCACUACCUGCAGGAUUAAGCCUUUCCGAGCCAGUGCCAGUGGACAUAGAGAGCGUCAAACCCAGUCAUCCGGUGACUGUCCUUCUCACCGGAGCCACUGGUUUCCUUGGACGACAUAUCCUGCAAUCGCUCGUCGAUGACGAGCGCAUAGGCAGGAUCCACUGCGUCGCCAUUCGUCCGUUGCCCGGAAGCGACAGCCUUCGCCAACCUGUCGACUCGCCUAAGGUGGUUUACCAUGGCGGCAAUCUAGCAGCUACUCUCCUUGGUCUCUCACAAGAAACCUUUACCGAGCUAUCCGGUGAGGUCGACGCCAUCAUUCACAGUGGGGCGAAUCGCGCCUUCUGGGACUACUAUCAGCAUCUCCGCGGCUCAAACGUGUCUGCCACGAAAACCAUAAUUCAGCUAGCACACAAGCGCCAAAUUCCUGUCCAUUUUAUCUCCAGUGGAGGUAUUUGUCAAUGGACUGGCAAUAACGCAAACAAUGCUGAGUCGGCAGCCUCAAUCAAGCCACCUGCCGAUGGAUCCAUGGGCUACCUUGCCACCAAAUGGGCCAGCGAAGUCUGCUUGGAGAACGCAUCUAAGGCAUUGAACCUCCCCGUUUACAUCCACCGUGUCACCACGCCCAACAAUCCCGGGGAUGCCAAUGUCCCUACGGAAGUGGUGGAGGAAUUUUCCCGCCUAGCACUGGAAACAAAAUCAAUCCCCAUAUCCUCUAACUGGCGCGGCACAUUUGACGUGAUUCCUGUCCGUCCUUUGGCGGAGGAGAUCCGCGAUACGGCACUCCAGAGCGUGGUUUCCAGCCCACCUGACGUAUCUUAUGUUCAUCAUCCCAGCGAGUUUACGGUCAACAUGGACAGUGUCAGAGACUAUAUUAAUAGUCAAGUCGACGACAAGACAAGAGCUACCCUCGAGCAGGUCUUGCCGCAUAAAUGGGCAGGCCGUGUAAAAGCCCUGGGCACGAAGUAUCAGUUUGCGUCGCAGGAUCUGACUUUAGGGAACGCCGUGUCAGGAGACGGUGAGAAAGGAGAAUUGCAGUUGAGACGAUAG